AUGCAGAGGAUUCCGAAAGACUUUGCGAACAGAUACUACAAGAACAACCUGCUAAACCUUGCAUAUCUUGAGGUACCUAGUAGCAAGGUAUGGGAAGUUGAAGUGGUUCAUUUUGAGGAUCAAAUGUGGCUAGACAACAAGUUAAAAACUGGAGAUGUUUGUGUCUUUGCAGUGAUUGAGGGCACAAUGCCCGUGUCGAUAAAUGUGAUCAUAUUUCCAGCAGUUUUUAACACAUCAAAGCAUGCAGAGGUCGUUUCUGAUGGUGAAGAUCCAUGUUCUCAAUACAUUAGUGCAGCCUAUCAAAGAGCAAAAGCUUUUACAUCUGAAAAUCCAUUCUUCAUUCGUGUUAUGCAAUCAUCAUAUGUUUCUGGCAAUUCGUUGAACAUACCUCAGGUGAUUGGGUGGGAAAUUUUUUCCGCUAAACGUAGUGAUCUGGUGCUGCAAGUUCCAAGAAAGAGAUCAUGGGCUUUAAAAUGCAACCGCGCAAAAGAAUAUGCAUUAUUGACUUCAGGUUGGAAGGAGUUUGUGUUCGACAAAUAUAUUAAAGUAGGUGAUGUUUGUGUCUUUGAACAGGUUAAUAGAUCCAAUCUUUUGUUCAAUGUCUACAUAUUUCCUGCAGAAGAAAAUGUGUGA